UGGACGGAUGGAACAGCUGUAACUGAUAUCUUUAAUGAGGGAUUGAGAACAGAGAACUUAUGUUCUGUGACAUCAAUAAAUGAGAAUCUGCAUGAGUCAGAGGCAAAUGGAAAUCUAGGCCCUGAGCUGUGAUCGGACCCCGUAAAGACCCUGAAAGAUGGGCAGCUAUCCAGUCUCUGUGCUGCUAUGCUGUUGUCUCUUUGUACUUGUUACUGUCCGGGCACAACAAGCUGAAACACAGGACAUUGAUGUUUCUGCUUUGCCACCACCAGACUGCAGAGAGGAAACAUACCCCUGCACCAGGAUGUACUCGGUUCAUCGACCGAUAAAGAGAUGUAUUCACUCUCUCUGUCUCUACAGUCUUCCAAGAGUCUAUGUGAUCAACAAAGAGAUCUGUGUGAGGACCGUGUGCCAGCAAGACGAGAUCCUGAUGGCUGAACUCUGUAGAGAGAAAUCUGGGUGGCCAAAACGCCAAAAGAGGACAACUAAGAGACACUGUCGCCGUGGCUACCCAAAAAACUGGGCAAACAAGGCCUAAAGUCAGAUGGAUGACAAAGUCAGAGAGUAAAAGAAGAGAGUUCUGGUUCCAACAAAUACAGCUAUAUAAAUCUGAAUGUUGAUUUCUUUAAUGUUGUGUUCCUAAAACAAACGAAGCGGACACAAUCAUUACUGUUCAUUAUCACUUUUCAUCACCUUUUUAUCAUUUUAAAGUUUGUGCUUGGAACUGAAAUAAGCUUGGCUGAAUGUCUCAGAGUUUAAGUUUUAAGAUUGUAUUUUGAUAGGAUCACAAAGGGCAUGACAAUGCACAGCUCUGGUGCUGAAUGUUAAAGAAGCCCACUGUAUAACCACUAUAUGUGCUUUAUAUUCUUCUAGUAUAUUGUAUAUGUCCACACCAACCACUGUAAGUAAAUGACAACAUCCACAAUAGCAAAUAAAAAUGUUUAUAUGUUU